UGUUCACACUGAGGUUGGUUUGGUUUUAUCGAAAACUAUCAACUGUCGCCCUCAAAUAUUGUUUAGAAAAUGUCUUCGAAGAGCCGGAAAAAGAACGUUCCUAUUAAUCUUGUAAACUUUAGCUUUCUCGAUCAUAAAUCCCAACUGAGUUAUUUGUUGCAGCAUGCUCAAAAACGUCAGUCCUGCAGUCUGGUGGAGAAUGAAACGGAUUUCUGGAAGUUUGUCCAGAAAUAUGAAUCUAUGCUGCGUUCCAUGGGCCAGCCAGAGCUACCUUCUCUUCUCAGUGAAGCCGAAUAUAAGGAUGUGAAACCCUAUCACAAGGGAAAACAUUUGGCCAUGUUAAUGAAAGCGAGACCAGACAAGCAGAAGAAACUAAGCGAAGUUGAAGCGCAGUUCCAGCAAUUAGUGCUAAUUUAUAUGGACUUCAAGCAGAAGGAAAAAUUUCAGAAAAUUAAGAAACUGAGAGAAGCCCAAAAACAACUGCCCAUAGCCAGAUACAAAGAAGAUUUGAAAACAGCAUUGGACUCUCCUUCCUCAAGAGUAGUUAUCGUGGCCGGGGAUACAGGAUGUGGAAAAUCUACCCAGGUACCACAAUUUCUUUACGAAUUCGGUUUCAAAAGUAUCGCCUGCACUCAACCUCGCCGCCUGGCCUGUGUUUCCCUCUCAAAGCGUGUGGCCCACGAGCUGCUAGACGACUAUGGUUCCAAAGUGGGUUUUCAGAUACGCUUCGAGCGAAGUAAAACCCAACGAACCAACAUUAUUUUCAUCACUGAGGGUCUCUUGUUGCGGCAAUUGGCCGUGGCGGCUAAUCUCGAGCAAUAUGAUGUUCUCAUUCUCGACGAGAUUCAUGAGCGGAAUCUCUUUGGGGACUUCUUGUUGGGUGUUACCAAAUGUCUUUUGAGAGCUAAGCCUGACCUGAAAUUGAUUUUGAUGUCGGCCACGAUAAACGUUGAACUAUUUCACAAUUAUUUCCGAGAUGAAGGAGCCACGUUGGUGCAAGUUCCAGGUCGGCUGUUUCCCAUAAAAUUACGCUAUAUGCCGCCGCCUGCCUUGGAGUUAAAAGCAGGUCAAGCUAGUGCCAAAUCCAAACGUAUGCAAGGAUCACGUCUAGAUCCGGCUCCAUUUGUACAAAUUCUGAGUCUAAUUGAUCAACAGUAUCCACUUACCGAACGAGGCGAUGUCCUAAUCUUUGUUAGUGGCGUCAAUGAAAUCGAUUCGGUUUGCGAGGCCAUUAGGGAAUAUGCUAGAGAACAGUCCCAUUGGCUGGUGUUGCCUCUACACAGCGGCUUGGCCUUGGCCGAACAGGAUAAGGUGUUCGACUAUGCUCCCGAAGGGAAUCGCAAGUGCAUUGUUUCCACAAAUAUUGCUGAAACCUCACUGACUGUUGAUGGCGUACGUUUUGUUGUUGACUCCGGCAAGGUGAAGGAAAUGAGUUACGAUGCCAUCUGCAAGGGCCAACGUCUAAAGGAGUUUUGGGUCUCUAAAUCAUCGGCCGAACAACGGAAGGGUCGAGCAGGCCGCACUGGACCUGGAGUUUGCUUCCGUCUCUAUCCACAACAGCAAUUUGAAGCUUUCGAGGCGUAUCCAGCCCCUGAAAUCUAUCGUGUACCCUUAGACACAAUGUUACUGCAAAUGGUAUCAAUGGGUUUGCCAAAUGUCAGAGAAUUUCCCUUCAUUGAAGCGCCAGAAGGUGAACGCAUAGAGCAAACUAUUCUGGGCUUAAAGCAGCAUAGUGCUCUAAGUGUGGAUGAGAAGAUAACGCCCUUGGGCAGAUCAUUGUCGAAUCUACCAGUCGAUCUAACCAUUGGCAAAAUGCUGCUAAUGGGAUGUGUUUUCCCCGAAGUAGAACAAUUGCUUACACUGGCCGCCAUGCUGAGUGUUCAAAAUCCCCUAACCACUCGUGCGCAUCAGGAUCAGCGCUGUGAGCGACAGCGUCAGCCCUUGGAGUCGGAUCAGGGCGAUCUAUUCACCUUGAUACGCAUCUAUCGUGAAUGGCUAUUGCUUAAGAUGAGGCGAGAGAACACCAGAAAGUGGUGUCAUGGUCUAGGGAUUGAAGAGCAACGCUUCUACGAGGUCACAAAACUGCGUCAACAGUUCCAGCGCAUUUUGGAAAGCUGCAACAUGGCCAAGCCUCAAUCGAAUGCGACUUUAAGCAGUUCCGAGCGGGCCACGCGUCACGGUGAACUCCGUCAGCUGAAGGCGCUGAAGCGACGUCAACGUUUCGAGCAACCUCGUCAACGAAAAAUGCUCAAAAAACAUCAGUCAAAUGGAGAACUGGAUGACCAGCAGGAUGAGGAUGUUCAUAGUGAAGAUAUACGGGAUGUAGACUUUCGCCUCCAAAAUGAUCAUCGCCAACUGGUUACUCUGGAGCGCUCUGCCCGUUUGGAACGACAUCGGGAUGUGGUGCUGCUCAAACUACUUUUGGUCAGCGGCUUCUAUCCCCAAUUGGCACUGCCAGAUGAAUUCAACUAUUGCAAAGGCGGCUCCCAGCAGUUUUUUCAUACCAGCCUUAAACCGUUCCUUUCGCUGCAUCCUAAUUCAUAUUUCGCAAAGUAUUUUGAUCUUCUCAAACUCAAUGAAAGUGAUUUCGAGAGCAAACCGGACUACUAUACACCAAAGCAGCCGCUGAGUCGAAGACAUCAAUUAAUUUGCUACCAAUCUCUGCUAGAAACAGCCAAGCCCUAUUUGAUGAACUGCAUUCGGUUGCCAGCUGCCCAGACGUUGUUGUUGUUUGGCUAUAGCAUUGAUACCAACUUGGGGCUAAGUCGGAUUGUGUGCGAUGGUUGGCUCGCCUUAGACCUGCCCAUGCCGGGAAGUGGCUUACAGCUGCUAACUAAAGCCAUCAACUUGCGGGCCAAAUGGCAUAAACAGCUCUAUGCCAAAUUAGACGAACUUAAUAGCAGUGACGCAACAAACCCAUCAAAUGAUGUCCACACCGAAAAAAGUCAUAAUCUUUGGCAAGAUAUUUUAGAUUUUAUGUCUCUGGAUGUUACUUAUGGCCUAAAACGACUUUUGCCUGCCGAUUUGAAGAAGCUUUAUAACCAACAUUCGGAUGCUGUAAAGCUUGAUAACAAUCCCUUCGGCAGGGAUUAUCCGAUGACUCCGAACUUGGAAAAGGGCGGCCUAAAUGUUACCGAAAAUGUGGUUUAUGGUUGCCUAAAUGAAGCCAAUUGGAGUUUGGCAAUGGAUGACUAUUUACAGACGAUGCCAUGGCAAUGUAACAAGUGUGAAUUUGAAUUGGACAACUACGAUAUAGUUGAACAAUUAAAGCAUCGCCCAAAGUGUAAAGAGAAGAGGGAUGGACAAAAGACAAAAGAAUCUAAAGAAAUUCCUUCAACUUCUGAGGCGACAAACCAAAACCAGUUGAAGGAACCAACAGGCAACAAUUAUUAUUGUCAAAGUUGUAAAUGUGAAUUAAAGUUAAGCAAAGUUGACAUUCUGCGCCAUCGAAAACAAUGUGACAAGGACAAAAAAUAAAAAUAUAAUUUAAACA